UCUGUUUAUAGAGUAGUUUCUUCGUCAUUUUUUAUACAAAGAAUUUAAUAAAACCAGUAUAGUCAUUUAUGAACAACUUACAAUGUUUCUUGGAAAAAAAGAAAUUUUUUUACGUGUGGUAUUAACUAGUGCUAUAGGUAUUUGUUCAUUCAUUGGUGAUCAAGGUUUAAAACAUGGGAAGACUGCUGCGACACGCGCGAUUUUUGACAAUGUCACUCAUGCAAUUGUUGGUGGUCUUACUUGGGCAGUUAUUUUAAAUUUGUCUAAAAAACCUUUUAUCCAAAAUUUUCCAAGCAUUGUCUGGUGCUUUUGUUUGUCAUCUUUUAUUGACAUAGAUCAUUUUAUUGCAGCAUGCAGUUGGAAGCUGAGUGAUGUAACACAUUUAAAAAAACGACCAUUCUUUCAUUGUACCACUCUUCCUAUUUCAAUGUGGCUCAUGCUAAAUUUUUACUCGAGUAUAUUCAAUCAUCCAAAAUUUACUUAUUAUUCUUGGAUAAUAUUGGCAAGUUUUUUAAGCCAUCAUAUAAGAGAUGGGACAAGGAGGGGUUUAUGGUUCUGUCCGUUCGGUUCUACACAACCUAUUCCAUAUUACUUAUAUUUAAGUAUGAGUAUGUUGCUCCCUCAUAUACUACAGUGGUUGAUGAUACCAUCAGUGCACGAAUCAAAGUCUUCAGAUAAUACAACAUUGAUCGAUAUUGUAUAG